AUGAGCACUCGAGCGGUGAGAGUGACGAGAGGAGGAAGGGUUGAACAGGGAGGAUCGACGAAGAUGCUGAGUUGCAGCCUCGCAACAACCUCGCAGCAGCCUCGCAGUAGCCUCAUAGGAUUCGUGAGCAUAGAUUGUGGCUAUUCCUACGGCAACUACACCGACAGCCUCACCACCAUAUUCUAUGAACCUGAUGCCAACUACAUCGACACCGGGGAGAACAACAUCACCGUCGCCGACUCCAGCUGGUCCGCGCAAGUGCAACAGCAGACAUUCCGAAGCUUUCCCUCCGGAACGCGCAACUGCUACCACAUCCCCAACAUCACCCCACGACGCAAGUACCUCAUCCGAGCAGCCUUCUUCAUUGGCCAACGCCUCCCCCAUAUCUUGCAGUUCGAUCUCUUUCUCGGCGUCAACAAGUGGCAAUCAGUCCAAAUCCUUAAGCCUGAUUGGGUUUACCUUGCCGAAAUCAUCACUCUUGCAAAUGACAAUUAUUUCUCAGUUUGUUUAGUUAACACGCAGUCUGGAACCCCUUUUAUUAAUUUCCUUGAGCUGAGGCUCAUCGACGACAGCAUGGUUUUUCAGGAUGUGAAUUCAACUGUUUCCUUGGUUCUAUCUGAGAGAUACAACGUUGGCUUCAACCAAUGGAUUAGGUAUCCAUAUGACACGUACGACAGGAUUUGGCGUUACUAUAACACAGAAAAUAACAUUAACACCAGUUAUACAGUUAGGACACUUGCUAAUGAUCCUUAUGAGGUGCCAUCAACCGUCAUGCGGACUGCUGGUGCAGCCAAAGAUAACACUACUUUUACUUAUCCCAUGGAUGAUCCAAGCACUGGAAUCACAAAUCCCAGAUACUACUUCUAUUUGCACUUUGCUGAAUUAGAAUAUCUACCUAGCAACGAGAGCAGAAUGUUUCAAGUGAUCAUGCCUGGAGAUCCAAAUCCAAAUGGGGCAACUAUUGUCCCAGAAUACCUGACAUCGAGUCAUAUAAGCAUCGUAUACGAUGUAGCGAUUGAAGGGGAUAUUACUUAUUUUAACCUCACAAAGGUAGCAACUUCCACCCGUCCUCCUUUGCUUAAUGCAGCGGAGAUCUAUAUAGCUGUGGAGCUCACAGGGACACCCACGUACUAUCAAGAUUUUGCUGCUAUGAUGAGUUUGAAGAAAAUGUACCACAUGACAAUUUGGCAAGGUGAUCCAUGUGUUCCAGAGGAGUAUACAUGGGAUGGAGUGUCGUGUGCCUUUUCAGAUUCCAAACCACCCAGAGUUACAUUCCUAAAUUUGUCACAGAGAGAAUUGAAUGGAAGUAUACCAAGUGCCCUUGCAGAUCUCACAGAAAUCAGAUAUUUGUGA